AUGCUGCGCAGCAGCAGCGCCCCCAGCAGCAGCAGACACCCGAGAAGCAGCAGCACAGAGCCCAGCCUGAGGUUUAUAGUUCGCUAUGUAGUUCGGGACUCCCCGAGGAUUCUUGUUCAGCAGCAGCAGCAGCAGCUGCUGCUGCAGCAGCAGCUGCAGCUGCAGCAGCAGCAGCAGCUGCUGCUGCUGCAGCAGCAGCGGGAGGCGCGCAGCAGCGGCGCUGCAGUCGCACUUAUCAAAGAUGUGCAUGCGCAGCGGCACUCAGCAGCAGCAGGGCUGCAGCUGGUGCUGCUGGGGCCGCAGCAGCAGCAGCAAGCCCUCAACAACCAGCCCCUGUUUGCUUACUUGUCCAGCAGCAGCAGCAGCAGCAGCAGCAGCAGCAGCAGCAGCAGCAGCAGCAGUUUGGGGCUCGUGUACUAUGGGGUUGAGGCUUUAGAGCGAGCAGCAGCGCGGGCGCGGGCGUCCGCAGAGGAAGCAGCAGCAGCAGCGUCUGCUGCUGCUGCUGCUGUUGCUGCUGCUGCUGCUGCAGCGCAAGCAGCAACAGUUGCUGCGGGACUCGCAGCAGGUGCAGCAGCAGCAGCAGCAGCACAGAGUCAGCUGCUGAGCAGCUUAUUAGCUGCAGCAGGAGCAGCAGCAGGAAGUGAGGUGUCUGGACACCCCGAAGCUGCUGCUGCUGCUGCUCCUUUGUAA